GGAGCAGCUGAGGACCGGGAGAUGCAUCCGAGGGCCGAAAAGAGCUCUGAGAUUGCGCCUGAGUUCAAGGACCAAGUCUUUCCUUAAACCAUUUUACAGAUGGGGAAACUCGAGAUCCAGAAAAGGGAAACACUCGAUCAGGUCACCCCGAGCCAAUAGCAGAAGUCCGAAACAGUUUUCUCUGCGAAGAUGGGAGUGAAGGUCCGCACAGUCGAUGCGGGAGCUGUGGCCGAAGCCCAGCACUAACAGUGCUGACCAGGGAAUCCAGACUGCGUGGAAGGCUGUACUCUUCCUUGCCUCAGUUUCCCCCGCACUACCUCGGGGAGGACGGCAGACGAGGCAACUGGUCAAACGCGCACCUGCCAAGACUCUCCCCGCGCCUCCCAAGUCUGAUGGAAGUUCCUUUUGCGAGCUACCUCCCAGCCCUUUAAAAUCCGGUCCUCCAGCUCGAGCCUCUCGGCGUUCUAUUGGAAAGACUCCAGGGUCCUGGUCCAUUCUCUAGAAUGAACUGCUAAGACUACCGCGGGAGCCUUCCUGGAACUGCUAACUGCGCAGGCGCGAGGGCAGCCCACCCGGAAGGCGGAAGAACCGGGCCCCAACUUGUUGGGUGGGUCGGGGGCGGAGAGUGUGUUAACCAAUGACCUGAAGGAUCAGGGAGGGCAGGUUUAGGCCCUCCGUUGCUAAGCGCUAUUCUAGUGGGAGGUGAUUUAAGAAGUGGGGUGAAGGGUAGUCCCAAUGGCCCUUCACGUCAACAUCCUUCGGGCCCGCGGAAGUUAAGCAACCAAGAGGCGGGCCUAGGACCGGAAGCAGGAAGGAGGGCGCAGGAAGCAGGGCGCUGCAGCCAGUCGUACUGUCGUGCGUGAGUCUGUCGGUUCCGAGGGCAGGAUGGAGAAACUGCGGCUUCUGAGCCUCCGCUACCAGGAGUACGUGACUCGCCACCCGGCCGCCACGGCCCAGCUGGAGACGGCAGUGCGGGGCCUCAGUUACCUGCUGGCAGGUCGCUUCGCGGAUUCGCAUGAGCUGUCAGAGCUGGUGUAUUCCGCCUCUAACCUGCUUGUGCUGCUCAAUGACGGGAUCCUGCGGAAGGAGCUGCGGAAAAAGUUGCCUGUGUCGCUGACCCAGCAGAAGCUGCUGACGUGGCUGAGUGUGCUCGAGUGCGUGGAGGUGUUCAUGGAGAUGGGGGCCGCCAAGGUGUGGGGUGAAGUGGGCCGUUGGCUCGUCAUUGCCCUCAUCCAGCUGGCCAAGGCUGUCCUACGGAUGUUCCUGCUGAUCUGGUUCAAGGCUGGCCUCCAGACCUCACCCCCCAUCAUUCCGCUGGACAGGGAGACCCAGGCACAUUCCCCGGAUUGUGACCCGAGCCCCGGCAGCCAGGAGCAGUCAUACGUUGGGAAGCGGUCAAACCGAGUGGUACGAACCCUCCAGAACACUCCGUCCCUGCACUCGAGGCACUGGGGAGCCCCCCAGCAGCGGGAGGGACGACAGCAGCGGCAGCACGAGGAGCUGAGUGUCCCCCCCACCCCGCUGGGGCUGCAAGAGACCAUCGCAGAGUCCUUGUAUAUCGCCCGGCCCCUGCUGCACCUGCUCAGCCUGGGCCUGUGGGGUCAGCGGUCGUGGACGCCCUGGCUCCUGUCUGGUGUCGUGGAUGUGACCAGCCUGAGCCUCCUGAGUGACAGGAAGGGCCUGACCCGGAGGGAGCGGCUGGAGCUGCGGCGCCGGACCAUCUUGCUGCUCUACUACCUGCUGCGCUCCCCGUUCUAUGACCGAUUCUCCGAGGCAAGGAUCCACUUCCUUCUCCAGCUACUGACAGACCAUGUCCCGGGCGUUGGCCUGGUCGCGAGGCCGCUCAUGGAUUACUUGCCCACCUGGCAGAAAAUUUAUUUCUACAGUUGGGGCUGACACACCCCGGGAGCGGGUGCAGGGAGGGGCGGGGUGGCGCGCCCUGCUGCUGGGGGCAGGGGGUGCCUCGGCCCUUCAGUCCCCCGGGGCCCCUCUGCUAUAAUAAAACUGACUCCGGCGGUGUCCGAGCAUGUGGCCUCUUCAUGCCCACUGCCCAGGGCACCUGGCACUCCCAUGUGGCCAGGCCCGGCCCACCGCCCGGCCACCAGGGCACCCCCCUAACAUCCUCUCAACCCUUCCCUCUUCGGUAAUGGAGUCGCUGCAGCCCGUACCUCGUCACCGGGCCGAGAAGCCUCUGCUGGGACUGGGCCCCGCUCUCCUCCGGCCACAGAAAGCUGGGGUUUAGCCCCAUCGCGUAUAGGGAGCCACUUGCUGGCAGCUGCAGAAGUCAACUCCGCUUCCCUGUCACCGGUCCGUGUUGACAACAAACAAGGCCGAACCUGGGCGGUGGAUGACAUCGGCCCGCGUGUCUUCUGGCCAGAGCCUCUGUGUGUCCCUUCCCUGCAGGACCGUCUUGCUCCCGCUGCCCUUGGCGGUGG